GGUCCAAAGCAAGCAAAGAAACAACCAAAAGCAGCCGAACUCGCCUCCUUCUGAUCUCCCUCUGUUUCUCUCUCCUCAGUGCAAGAGAAACAUGUCCUCGUCUAGGGGCUUCAUUGCCGCUUCAGGAAUGCUCAGAAGUCGUCUCAAGCCGUCGCUCCGUACAAGGGGAGGCGGGGGAGAAGGGCCAAGCCGAUGGACAAGCCCCGGGCACCAAGAACGACCCAACGGUUACCUUUUCAAUCGAACCCCUCCUCCACCAGGACAGUCCAGAAAAUGGGAGGACUGGGAGCUCCCUUACUACAUCACCGGUUUCCUCACCAUCGUCAUCCUCGGCGUCGGCCUCAAUGCUAAGCCCGAUUUCACCAUCGAGACUUGGGCGCACAAGAAAGCCCUGGAACGCCUCGAGAACCAGAAGAUCGCUCUCUCCGCGGAGGAAUCCGAGUAAUUGGUGAUUUGGGUACGGUUAAUUGGCUCCACCCUUUUCUUGUUAGUGUAUUUCUUUUGAUGGGUCUUAAGCUGUUCGGUCGAUCUUGAUCAAGGCAGGGGAGAACUCGUGUUGAUAAAUGAAGCUCAUGUAGUUCAAUAAAGCCUUAACUGUUUCAUUCAAUCAAUUUGGAACUUCUUGUUUUGUUUUGUUUUAUCUGUAGUGGGCUAUAAAGUUGUUCAGCAUGAGAAUGUGUGAGAGUUCCAUAAAUGAUUUUACUAAAUUGAAAUGCUUCACUUUAUUAGUUAUUCUUCUUUCA